CGGAGGGACACGGCAAUAUCUUUCCAACACUCCAGCUGACCUAUCGCUGCCUGCAACCCCGGGGACAACUGCGCGCCUCGAACCGCCCGCUCCCCAUUACCAUCAAGCUCAAGGCAAGCAAGCAUCCGCCAAUUGCCCAACAUGUCCAACCCGGAAGCCCAGGCCGCGCAGGCAGCGCACCAGGAGCUCAUGGAGCUGCUCGACAUCCAUUCGAUCCACAAGACGUUCCGCAACCCGCACUGGCGGCCCAACCAGCGCCGCAACAAGAACAUCAAGACCAUCCUGGGCGACGCCUCGCGCAAGGAAGCCUCCGUCAUCGCAACGCCGCAAGAUGACAGCGGCGCCGCGACUCCGGCGGUGCAAGACAACGACGGCCUCUCCACGAGUGGCACUUCAACUCCAGCCGUUCCCUCUGCGAGCGGCACCGCCAGUUUGCAGCCGAAUCUUGCGCAAGCAUCGCGCAGCCUGUCCAAACUCGUGCUCGAGAAGUCGCUGUCUGCGCCUUCCGCUAAACCACCGAAUGGCGCCCCUCCGUCCGCGCCCACGGCCACCUACACCAACAUCGAGAGCGCGCCGAGCUUGGCGCCACUGAAGCACUACUGCGACGUGACGGGCCUGCCAGCGCCCUACCUGGAUCCCAAGACGAGGAUGCGAUAUCACAACCGCGAGGUGUUUGCCAUGAUCAGGAGUCUGCCGCAGGGCGUCGCUGAGCAGUUUCUCGAAGCGAGAGGUGCCCAUACGGUGCUAAAAUAAAAGAAUGCUUGAUCUACGCGCAUCGUGCCAGCCAGAUCGGGACGCCGCCGUUCAUUGGGUUGGGGCUUCGUAGCUAUCUGCGGUCUUGGGCAGGAGCACUUCUGAAGCGGGGAGGGAACCACCCUCGACACCCCCAAUCGCCGCCCAAAAUAUGACAUCACUCCCGAGUUGCGCUUUCCGUGUCUUGUCUUCGUCAAGACUCGUGCCUUCCUGGACCCCAGCGAGUGCCAGUUUCGGAGAGCGAGCCCUUGGUGUCACGGAGUCGGACUAGCCCAGGCUAUUGCGCUGUCUCCCGUCUGGCCAUCAUCAUCAUCAGCCCACGGAAACCGAGAGAACAAAGCGCUAUUGACCACCCCGCUGCGCGUC